AUGGAGCCUGCAGAAAUCAAGACUGGAGCAACCCUACACCAAGAGAAACAAAGUUAUGAAAGUAAAGUAUUAAUCUCCAUUUUCGAAGCAAUCGGCCAACUAGAUCUCGAAUUCGCCGACCGUAUCGUAGAAAAAGAGAAGGAAUUCAAACAAUCGAAUCUUCCAUUCUGGUCUCGAUUAAUGUCCUUAUUAACUAAUUUUAUCAAUGCUGAAAGAAAUUACGUGUCUCUUAACUUCUUAAAAUACAGCGUAAGAAAAGAAACAUACCGUCAACUGCAUGAGAAAGCUACAGAGAAAUCAUUGCACGUCUCAUUACUGAUAGAAUUAUUGAAUAACCUCUUAGAACAACAUAAUGAAAGCAUACAACAUUUAUUUUUAAAAUCAUUAAGGACUAAUAUCUUCGCUGAAGUUAGAGCACUAGCUCAUCUACUUUCUGCUCACGUCGAAAUCGCCGAAUGGGCAUUUUUUUCCUCGGUUGUCCAGUUACAACACGCUUCAUUAGCACUAGCUGACGUUAAAACAUUGGCUGCAGUAAAUAUCAAUGAAAAUAAGAAAAAAUCAAGAUUUUCUUUCUUUCAGUUUAAAUCUACACAUGAUAGCAAACUGGCUCGUGUGUAUCAGUGGCUUAUGGACUAUUUUCAUCUAUUACUCUCCAAGUUUACCUUUUACUUUUACUCAACCCUGGGUAAAUAUUCUGAAAUCAACGAUAUGAGAGCCUUAUCUACCGAAACUACCUGUGAUUUUGCUGGGAGAUGUAUACAUUUCUUGAAAAAAUCCGAUGCCGAAUGUCUAUUUGUUGUAUUCAACAGUGUAAGUCUAGGCACAAAAUGUCAAUUUGGUCAUGGAUAUUCCCAUCCCAAUUCUGGAUUUCGCGUACCAGAAGAUGGCAUUCCAUCGUUUCCUAUCAUUUUAACUUUCCCAGAGACUCUCGAUGUUACCAAAUGUAGCUACUGGAGUGAUGUUUUCAGUAUGCUGUCAAAGUAUACUGAUAAGUUAACAAAUUCGGACACUGUCUUUCCACUUAAGAGUAACAUGCCUGUAACUGACGAUUACUAUCAAAUAUACAUAUCAUGUAUCGAGCCGCGAUAUUAUUUGGUAGUCGUUUUCGAACAAAAACGAUUGGAAAAGAUGGCUAUGAUUUCUAAUUUUAUAUCAGAUAUUCUUUCCCAGGGAAAAUAUCAAAAACAAUUUCAUGCUUUAAAAAGUGUCUGA